AUGGGUCAAGAAACCAAAGUUGAAGGAGCACAGAAAAAGAAUGAAGGAGGAGACAAAAAGAGCGGUGAUUCCAUUGUUUUAAAGCUUGAUUUGCAUUGCGAAGGUUGUGCACAAAAAGUCAGACGAUUUAUUCGCCAUACUCAUGGUGUGGAAAAAGUGAAAUCGGAUUGUGAAACUGGAAAAUUGACGAUUAAAGGUGACGUAGACCCUUCAUGGCUCCGGGAAAGAGUGGAGAUCAAAACCAAAAAGAAGGUCGACCUUGUAUCAUCGCCGCCCAAAAAAGAUGCAGGAGAUAAAAAGAGCGGCGGUGAUGGCGCUGCCGGAGAUAAAAAGUCCGCUGAAAAAACAGAGAAAAAAACAGAGGACAAGAAGGCCGACGAGAAGAAACCUAAAGAGGCUCAAGUAAUCAGUGUGGUGGCAUUGAAGAUUCGGGUGCAUUGUGAUGGAUGUGCACAUAAAAUAAAACGAGUUAUUAAAAAGAUUAAAGGGGUACAAGAAGUGAAUAUAGAAUCAGAAAAAGAUUUGGCCACUGUAAAGGGGACAAUGGAUAUAAAGAAGCUAACUCCUUACUUGAUUGAUAAAUUGAAGCAAAAUGUUGAAGUCCUUCCAUCUAAGGACACUGGAAGUGGUGAAAAGAAAGCCAAGGAAGGUGACAAUGACAAGAAGGAUAAAGAGAGCGGUGGUGGCAAAGGCGGAGACAAGAAAGAAAAAGGCGAUACAGAGAAAAAAGACGGUGAAUCGAAGGUGGCUAGUAGUGGAGGUGGAGGUGGUGAGGUCGUUAACAAAAUGGAAUACUAUGGUUAUAAUGCAAAUACAUUUUACGCGAUGCCUAUGCAACAUCAUGGUUAUAUGAAUGGCGCCACAAUGUAUGAUCAUGGUUAUGGUCAUACAGGCUACGUAGUCGAGUAUGGCCACCAGCCACAAUAUGUGCCACCACCUCCUCCACCAACGUACUUGAAUGCACCUCAAAUGUUCAGUGAUGAAAAUCCUAAUGGUUGUUUCAUUAUGUAAAUUAAAAUGAUCGAUUUUCAUCAACCUUUCUGAAAGACAAACUCUCAUUAGGAGUCUUGUCUACGAAGUAGAGCGACCUCGAUGGUGACCUCAUUUUUAUUUGAUUGGUUCAGCUAAAUAUAAUUGUACAAAAGUCUAAGAUGUAAAAGCUGAAAAAUAGGUACCUAUUAAAGCUAGCUUAUAAAUGAGGAUAGACUAUAGAGUGUCGUCUUAGGAAAUUUUAUAUGCUAAUUAGUGGGAAAAGGGCUAAACCACUAUCUAGUGGUGGAUUAAUCAGUAUUUAUUUAUUUGUUUAUUUUGACUUGUAUGUCAUUUAUUAAUUGGUAGCUUAAAAUAUUCAAUUUUUGGCAAAA